UUCCGCCGUCGCUGCAGCAUCGAUCGAAUGCGCAUGUGUCAGGGUUGUUGACGUCCCCGAAUAUCACGCAUGCGCGCCGUACACAAAAGGCCUCGGGGAUAUCGACGGGAGGUUAAAGACGACAACGAAUUUGUCUACAUCAACUAAUCUGGAACACAACACACCAGUUUCACUGUCUCUGUCCAGAUAUUUAAGGAGUGGAGCAAGGGAUUCACUCGAUCAUCUGACCGACUGGCGUGCCUGUCAUUUUACACAGGGAGAGGCCAUUCAGCUCUUCAAGGUUGUCUCAUGAAGGUACAUCAGCAAGUUCACACUGAGACAAGGCCAUUCACCCUUUCUGUGUGUGAGCAGGGAUUCAGUCGGUUUUCCCACCUGUGGACACACCAGUCAGUUCACACUGGACAGAGGCUGGUCAUCUGCUGAAUUUGUGGGGAAGGAUUCACUCGGUCAUCUGACCUAAUGGCUCACCAGCGAGUUCACACUGGAGAGAGGCCAUUCACUUGCUCGGACUGUGGGAAGGGAUUCACUUGCUUAUCUAAACUGAAGGUACAUCAGAGAGUUCACACUGGGGAGAGGCCAUUCACCUGCUCAGAGUGUGGGAAGGGAUUCACUCGGUCAUCUUACCUAAUGGCACAUCAGCGAGUUCACACUGGAGAGAGGCCGUUCACCUGCUCGGACUGUGGGAAGGGAUUCACUUGCUCAUCCCAACUGAAGGUACAUCAGCGAGUUCACACUGGAGAGAGGCCAUUCACCUGCUCAGAGUGUGGGAAGGGAUUCACAUUGUCAUAUCACCUACUGAGACACCAGUCAGUUCACACGGGGGAGUGGCCAUUCACUUGCUCAGUCUGUGGGAAGGGAUUCACUGAAUCAUCUUUCCUACAGAGACACCAGUCAGUUCACACUGGGGAGUGGCGGUUCACCUGCUCAGUCUGUGGGAAGGGAUUCAAUCGGUCAUCUCACCUACUGAUACACCAGUCAGCCCACGCAGGGAAAUGGCCGUUCACCUGCUCAGACUGUGGGAAGGGAUUCAUUAAGUCAUCUCAACUGAAGGUACAUCAGCGAGUUCAUACUGGGGAGAGGCCAUUCACCUGCUCAGAAUGUGGUAAAGGAUUCACUCAGUCAUUCCACCUACAAGCACACUGGUCAGUUCACACUGGGGAGCGGCCGUUUACCUGCUCAGACUGUGGGAAGGGAUUCAUUUCGUCAUCUCAACUUAAGGUACAUCAGCGAGUUCACACUGGGGAGAGGCCGUUCACCUGCUCAGUAUGUGGGAAGGGAUUCACUCGCUCAUCCCAACUACAGAGACACCAGCGAGUUCACACUGGGUAGAGGCCAAUCUGCUGCUCAAACUUUGGAAAAAGAUUCUCUCAGCCAAAUCAAACAAGUGUGCAUCGUUGAGUUCACACUGGGGAGAGGCCGUUCACCUGCUGUUAAUGUGGGAAUCAAUUCACUCAGUCAUCUGACCUUAUGUAACUCUGGAUUCGGCUAGCAGCUUAAUAAAGGGGUUAUAGACCCACGGCCCAAUCAAACUUUAGAAAUCUCGUUUGGUGGAUGCUGCGUGAUGUGGCCCUUGUUAGAAAUCAGUACCCUGAAAUAACAAACAGCACACAAUAUGUGAUUAAACGAUUCUGCUUUAUCAUUCUUUCUUUGACUACAGGGUUAGUAAAGAAAGCAAAAAAAAAAGAAAAAGGGCCCACUUUCUCCAUUCGCGUCUUCUCAUCACUCCCGGCAAAAGGCCACGAAUAUCUCUCUCUCUUCCAGACUCACAUUACUCUCAUUCGAUAGUUCCACACUCCAAAACCCUGCUAUCUCUAGUCGUAACCUAAACAUUGCUGCUACAGAGAAGCCAUUACCUCAGCUUUGAAACAUUACAGAGAGGCCAUUACAUUAGCAGUGAAACCUUACAGCGUGUUACACUUGGGACACACUACCAGGUUCACACUGGGGAGAAAGUUUCAAUCAGCUGGAUAUUUGACCAUCACUGUUGCUGAAUGCUGUUUCAAGAGUGACUGUCGGUGCUGAACUCUGCAAUUAUUGCUGCUGCUCACCACACCCAGUUCUGCACCCUGGUCACUGGGCACGGGAGGAGUUUCUUCUGCUGUACAUUCACCUUUCAUGGGACUGGAGUUUAAUAUUCUGGAUCUGAGACAAAUAAAUCAUUUCUGUUUUAAACACU